GAUCGAAGCACAAGGAAGCCAACCCUUAGAGCGAAAUGGAGGAAAGUACGCUUAUAACAAGAGAAUCAAGACAUUUCGUGAGGUCUCUUGAUCUCUCACCACGUCCAUCGUCGCUCCUUUGCCCUCAACUUUUCCCCCAAGGCAGGCUUGUAUCGCGUCGAGCCUUCAAGCACCGUCGACUGGUCGGGUGGUCAGUCAUCAACUACUAGACCUUCCUAAUUCAGCAUAUAGUAUCUUCCGUCAACCCAUAAUUGCUGCUUGUUGACCGUUUCCAUCACUCGUUGAUUGUGUUCGAACGUAGCCCCUUGUAAAACUUGCCAAUUUUUUGUUUGCAUCCGUAGAAUUUCGUUGAGGCGUCCGAUCCAUGCCUUUCACCCACGACGGAGGUCCCACGGAUACUUCCAUCUCCCCCACUCCGACGGACCUUGACUUCCCUGACCCGACAGAUGGGCAUGUUGUGGCCGUAGCCGUGACUGUUGGUGUUGUCGGUGUCUUCCUCUUCGGACUCAUCACAUGGCUUCUACUACGCCUGCGUCGCAAACCAGCUGAUGCGGCUCCCCCCGCUCAGAUGCGGCGUAUUCUCACAUCUGAUUGUGCUCGACCCUCGACCGAGUCCAAGUUCAAUUUCAUACGGAAGCCGUUGCGAGUGGCUCUCCAGCAGGAUGAUGGUUCUUGGGACUUUUCGGACCCAGAUCCGAAACAAAGUUAUAUCACCCCCGUUCCCAAGUGUCAGCUCUCCCCGCUACGCACCCCGCCACGAUCCAAUCGCUCCAGUAUGCACAAAGGCGAGCUGUCCCCAGUUUACCCAGAUCUUGAGGCUCCUCCACCCGCUUACUGCCUAGACGGAAACACGUGGCCGUUGUAUACUCCUCCAGCAGACCAUCUGCCCCAUUCAACUGCUUAGAGGACUAGUCGUUACCUUUGGUUUCGUCGAUUACAUCGUAUCACCACCUUCACCUUGCCUUUUUCAUCGUUAUUACGUUCGAUGUGAUAUUUCAAGCCGCCUUUUGUCAAGCACCCUCGUUCAAUUUUGACUUGUCACUCGAGUAAUUCGCCGUGAAGGCGCAGCUCAAGCGCACGGAUGCGCUAUGUAUAAGCACCCUUGUACUUCAUAACUACUUGUGGUUAAUAUAUCGAGAGGAUCUGCGUUCUUGCAAUAGCAUCAUCAAACGAUCGGUACCAGGUGCGAUCACUUUUUGUCUUGGAUGAUCUGGAUCCCGAAUAUCAGUUUGCAAUUUCAAAUUUAGUUCAGC